UCGGGCCCAGGGCCUCCUCACAGCGGGACAGCUUCACGUCAUCGCCUGGGCUGGGCUUGGCUAGGCCACACUUCCUGAGAGGAAGCUCAGGGGCCCUGGAGCCUCAUUCUCCCUCCCAGUCUUCUCUUCCCCCAAAGCUGAGGAGUCCUUCCCUUGAAGCUUCUGUUGGCAGGGCCUCAGCACCCGGCUGAACCAGUUAUGGCUGCGACAUACGCCUCAGUGCAGAAACGAGGACACGCUCCGGGGCCGGCCGUGGCCCGCGACCCCGCCGAGGAAGAGCCCGAGGGGGCUGUGUACAGCACCGUCAAGCCCAGGGCCCUGCGUGGGGGACCCGCGACUCCCACAGAAUACACUGCUGUGGCCCACCCUGGCUCAGCGGCCCUAGAAAGCCCAGUGUGCUCCUCGCCGGGUUCUGGGAGGCCCUUGCUGUCCUCGGUCGUUGACCCCAGCACCACAAGGAAAGCCAGCACCCCUUCCAGGAACUGCCCCGGGCCCGAGGCCUACGAAGAUGUGACAGACAUUGCGGUUCCAGGCCUGGGCCCCAGUGGCCUCCAGCCCAGCAGCAGCCUUGGCUUCAACAUUCGAAUCGGGAAACCAAAAGGUCCCCGGGAUCCUCCAGCCGAGUGGACUCGAGUGUAGGAAACCUGUGGAGUUUCCUUCCCUGGAGCCCAGGCCCAAGGCGGCUUUGGCUCCGAUUCCUUAGGCAAACAUUAGGCAGGUGAAAUUAGAGAUCACUUUUCACAAUAAAAAUUUCCCCCAUCCUG